ACGAGAAGCGGCGAUGUAUGUAACACAAUAUCAAACUAUCGCUUAGUGAUGCUGGAUACAGCUAAAUUGAGGAUUGUCCUUGAUGGCAAGCUGCAAUCAGUCGGCGGUCGCGUAGUUGAUCUCUUGUGGCCUCCGCGUACACCGGACGCCCCGAGCACGUGUGAUUCGAGUUUAUAACUGAGCUGCCAGAAGUCAAACAUGGAAGAAGGUCAUCCACUACAAUCUCUGCUCCGCAAGAUUGCCGACGAACAGAACUUUACCGCCGCCACCAUUGAUGUCACGCCGACCACGAGCGACGGCGCCAACUACACCAGCAAAUUGUACCUGGCGACCAUCUCCCAGGAGGGCCGACAGGAGCUCAAGCUGUUCGCGAAGGUGGCGAACGUGGGAGAGAAGAUGCGAGCGAUGGCACCCUUCCGCAUAUUUGACACAGAAAUAUUCUUCUACACAAAGCUGAUUAAGACGUACAGAGAGCUCGAAGACAACCACGAUGUCCCCGCAGAGAACAGACUCGUCACGGCCAGAUUCUACGGCUACGACGACACGUACCUGCAAGAGACCCUGGUGUGGGAGGACUUGACGGCCAAAGGUUUCCAAAUGUUCGACAGGUUUAAGAGUUUUGACUGGGCAUACGCUUCCGAGAGUGUGACUCAGUUGGCCAGGCUCCAUGCCUUGUCGAUAGCGUACUCCAUUGAGCGGCCGGACGACUUCCUAAAGGACGCACAAUCUGUGAAGAUGCAGGAUAGGUCGGAUCAGAUGAACAGUUUUGUCGAGACCGCGAUUGCAAAAGUAUUGACAGUAGUGAAAGAAGAGCGAAAGGAGAAACUGAGAACUUUCAUCAAAAAAAUGGCGGAAGAGAAUAAUUUUAGAGGAUUGAUGUCGCCACUCAGACGCGGAGUGUUCAGUCACAGUGACUUCCGACCCAGCAACUUGAUGCAUCGAUACAAUAAGGACGGAUCCGUGCAGGUGAUUCCGAUCGACUAUCAGACCGUGCAGCAUGGCAACCCCAUCACCGAUCUGCUGUACUUCGUGUUCACGGGGUCGGACGGUGCGUUCCGCCGCCAGCACUACCGGCCCCUGCUCAGUCACUACCACGCGCAGCUCAGCGCGGCCCUACGAGCCCUGCACCUCGAUCCCGCCACCGUCUACCCCGAGAGCCACUUCGAGCUCGACCUGCGCGAGGUGCUGCCGUACGGGCUACUCGUAAGCUGCAUGCUGCUAACGAUGGUGACGGUGGACGCCGAGAACGCGCCCGUGCUCACUGAAGACUCUGACGUCAUGGACUUCCUAAUGGCACCCAGCGAGCUGUGCAAGAUGAGGCUCGCGGAGAUUGUGGACGACUUUACAGAGAUGGGAGUGAUAUGAGCCUUGGAUACCGCACAAAUGUAUUGUUUACCUGCUUGAGAACUUAUAAUAUAAAUUAUUGUAACGUU